AUAGGGUCCAAACCAACACUUUUAAUAAUAAAAACCACACAUUCUAUUGUUUCUAGUUACCUCUCUUCCACUUCAUUCAUUUUUCUUCUUUCUUUCUUUCUCUUUCUUUAAUUAUUAUGGAACCAAACACCAAACCAAACAUGUUAGAACAACAACAUAACCAUCUUUCAACUCUUCUGAAUGCUAGAACCCUAGGAACAGGAACAGAAACUAUAGUUUUUGCUCAUGGUUAUGGAACAGACCAAUCAAUAUGGGACAAAAUCACACCUUAUUUUACUGAAAAAAACUAUAGAGUUGUUCUAUUUGAUUGGCCUUUUUCUGGUGCUAUUAAAGAUCAAAAUCUUUAUAACCCUUCAAAGUAUUCUUCUUUAGAUGCUUUUGCAGAUGACUUGAUCAGUUUAUUGGAUCAAAUGGAGCUUAAAGUUGUUACCUUUGUUGGUCAUUCCAUGUCUGGUAUGAUUAGUUGCUUAGCUUCCAUUAAAAGACCUCAACUUUUCAAGAGGCUUAUUCUUGUUGGUGCUUCCCCAAGAUAUAUAAAUACAGAUGACUAUGAGGGAGGAUUUACAAGCUCAGAUAUUGAUAAUUUAUUGAAGAACAUAGAAUCCAACUAUGAAAAUUGGGUUUCUUAUUUCUCCACAAAUGUAGUGGAUCCAAAUGAUGAACCAUCAGUGAUCAAAUUCAGAGAGUGUUUGAACAAAAUGAGAAAUGAAGUUCCAUUGUCCUUAGCCAAAACAGUGUUUUGCCAUGACUAUAGAGAUAUACUUGAGAAAGUUGAAACUCCAUGCACAAUUAUUCAAACCUCUAGUGACAUGGUUGUUCCAUAUAGUGUAGCUCUUUACAUGGAGAAGAAAAUUAAAGGGAAAGUUACAUUGGAAGUAAUUGACACUUUUGGACAUUUUCCUCAACUAACUGCUCCACUUCAGCUAGUUGAUGUGCUUAAGGGUGUUUUAGGGUUUGAUCACUUCCCUUGAACUUUAGCUAUGUUUAGUUUUGUAUGUGUAGAGUUGUUUUCAAUUUCAUUCCUUUUGUCACAUUUAAUUUUACUUGUUUGUAAAAUUUAUGAGUAGUAUAGUUCCAUGGUUUAUUAGUUAUAUUGUGAAAAUAGUCACACCGACACAUCGAAUUGAAGACGAGUUCGGUAUUUUUAUGUGUCAAUGUCUAACAUCAACACAUGUGGUUACAUUUAAUAAUCAGUGUUGAUCAAUUAGUAUCUGGUGUCCAUGUUUGUAUGAAUGCUUCGUAGAUGUGUGGUAUGUGUUAAUUAAUGGUUGUAUGUACUUUUUUUUUCCACUUCAGGUGGACAUGAAUCUUAACAUUGGUCUCUUUUA